AUGAAUUGGUUUAGAAGAUGCUUUUCUAAGUGUCCUGAGGAUGUCUCCUUAUGCAGCACACAGUCACUUCUGUUGUUUUCAUUCGCAUCAUCUGAAGAUGAACCAUAUUUUAUUUCCAACUUGAGGAGCCAUGCACCAGCUCACACUGUGGUGAAGCAGCCUGUCCGGGCAGCCAGUGGGAGGACUACCAUCACCACGAUUGUCCAGACAGGUGGGGACUGGAGCACCGGCCUCUUCAGUGUCUGCAGAGAUAAGAGAAUUUGUUUCUGUGGUCUGUUUUGUCCGAUGUGUCUUGAGUGUGACAUUGCCAGGCAUCAUGGAGAGUGUCUUUGUUGGCCAUUGUUACCUGGGUCCUCUUUUGCACUAAGAAUUGGCACCAGAGAGCGACAUAAAAUAUGGGGCACACUGUGCGAGGACUGGCUGGUGGUGCACUGCUGUUGGCCCUUUUCCAUCUGCCAGGUGGCUCGGGAACUGAAGAUGAGGACCUCCCAUUUCUAUGAAGUCCGGGAAGCUCCUUCGACUAAGGACACCCUGGUUUGA